AUGUCUCCAGCAAGACAAGAUUACGAGAUCGCCGACGACGUCCCCGUCCUGAUCAUCGGAGGCGGCCCGUGCGGUCUACUCCAGGCAUACUUACUUGCUCAGUUGGGAGUUAAAUCCUUGCUCUGCGAACGCUACCCAACACGGCUCGACGCUCCACAAGCCCACGCCUUAUCACCAAGGACACUCGAGCUAUGUCGCCAGUUCGGCCUCGACGUGAACGAGAUUCGUCGAUUGGGCACCGGCCGCCAGGAUGCAUUUUGGGUGAACUUCGUGACACAUCUGAGUGGGCAGCAGGUGGGGCGGUUGCCUUAUGAGCGAAUGGAUCCGGGGGUGCUGGACGAUACGCCUACGAUGAUCCACAACAUUCCGCAGCCGGACUUUGAAGACUACGUGCGGAAGCAGCUGGUGAAGAGCCCUUUGGUGGAGAUGCGCAGGAAUCAUUCAUUUGUUGAGCUUGAGGAGUUUGGGGAUUGCGUCAUCGCAACCGUCGAGGAUCGUGCUGCGCAGCGAGAAUACCAUGUCAAGUGCAAGCACCUGGUCGCUUGUGAUGGGGCAAAGAGUGCUGUGCGACGGUUUCUGGGGGUGGAGAGUGAGGGAGAGGACUCUUACGAGACGAUGAUGACCAUCCAUAUAAACGCUAACCUCUACCCUAUCGUCAAAGACAAGGUGGGCAUGCUUCAUUGGGUGAUGGAUCCUGAGGUAUCCGGUUUCAUCAUCGGGUAUGACCUCGGGGGGAAUCAGGUGCUGAUCUGCAAUUUUGAUUCCCAAAAACACCCAGUGGAGUCCUGGAACGAGUCCCUCUGCCGCAAGACCGUCGACGCCGCCAUAGGCACGCACAUCCCCUACGACGUGCUGAGCUACCGACCCUGGAUUCUGAGCCGGAAGGUAGCCAAAUCCUAUCGCAUAAACCGCGUACUCCUAGCUGGCGACGCCGCCCACUCCUUCCCCCCAACCGGCGGCCUAGGCCUGAACAGCGGCCUGGGUGACGUCCACAACCUCGCCUUCAAACUCGCCGCCAUCCACCACGGCCACGCCAGCCCCUCCCUUCUCGACACCUACGAAUCCGAGCGCCGCCCCGUCGCGCUCGUCAACGCCGCCCAAAGCGUCAAAAACGGCCAACAGAUCUUCCGCCUCCUGAAGACGCUGGGCGCCACCGACCCAGACGUGCACGUCGCGCGCGAGAACCUAUACCGCACCGUCGCCGACCCCGAGCGCGCCGGCGCUGUGCACGAAGGCAUCGAAGGCCAGCGCGAACAUUUCGACAACCUGGGUUUGCACAUCGGGUAUGUGUACGGGGAGACCCAGGUUCCCGGCUGCGCUUCCGUCUACCGGGCGAAAUGUGUGCCGGGAGCGCGGAUCCCACACGCGUGGAUCGAGCCUUCGACGGCUGUUACUAGUCGGCUGGUGGAGCCCAUUGAUUCAUCGUAUGUUGGGGAGUUGUCGAUGGAGGAAGUGGGGCGUAAGCGGUUCUCGGCGUUGGAUCUGUGUGCUUUCGAUGCGUUUACGCUGUUUGUGGAUGGGGAGUUCGCCGAUACUUGGAGGGGCGUGCUUGAGGAGGCUGCGGACAGGUUUCCGCCAGGACUGAGGGUUGAUUUGGUCGCGAGGGGCAGGGAUUUCGAUCUUCAGCCUGGUGAGGCAGGCGAGAAGUGGUUGGGGCUGAUGCAGUUGGUGCUGGGUCGGGCGGUGUUGGUCCGUCCGGACCAACAUAUCUUGACAGUGUUUCAUGGCCGUCCGGAUGAUUCGAUGGAGGUAGUAGACGUGCUGAGGAAGUAUCUCGCUUGGUAG